AUGGUUAUCGGAACCCCCUCCUGUCAAGCCUACUCUCCUGAAAUACACAAUCCAUUUGGCUACCGACCAUCCCUCGCCGCAGGAAUCGUCUUCCUCAUCCUAUUCUUCCUCUCAGCAUGCACCCAUUUAUUCCAAGCAAUCCGCUACAGAAAGUGGUGGCUUUCCCUCUUUGUUCUAGGAGCCGGUUGUGAAUGCUUAGGCUGGAUCGCACGAACAGCUGCUUGGAAGUGCUCGUACUCAUCUGAUCUUUUCAGCAUGCAAAUUGCGAUCCUGAUCUUCUCUCCCGCUUUCACGACUGCAGGAAUCUACAUCAUCCUCUUCCGUAUGAUCCCGAUCUUGGGCAAACACAGCUCGCCAUUCCCGCCGAAACUAUGUCUCUUGCUCUGCCUUGGCAUCGAUAUCGUAUCUCUGAGCUUGCAAGCAGCUGGUGGUGGCUUGGCAGCUCAGUCGUUCCACAAAGCCACCGAUACACGACCUGGGACAUAUACCAUGGUAGCCGGGAUCCUGUUCCAGCUCGCGUCAACGAUCAGUUAUUCCAUCCUCAUGAGCAUCGUCUUCGUGCGCGGAUUUGCGGGCAUCAAGGACAACAAGCCGUUGAGGUGGCUUAGCGGGGCCAUGGUUCUCGCUAUCGUGUGUAUGAUUACGAGAGGUGUGUAUCGCAGCAUCGAGCUGUUGCAGGGCUGGAGAGGAUUCUUGAAUACGCAUCAGGUCUACAUAAUUGCUUUGGAUGGUGCAUUGAUGGUCAUUGCUGUUGUGGCGUUGAAUGUCUGCAACCCGGAAAGGCUCCUGAAGCAGGCGAGAGAGGAAAUCGAGUUGGCGAAUCCCUUGGUGAAAGAGCCGAGCUCUAAGGAGACUAAAGUCCGCACUAUCGAGAGCUCUGAUAUCGUUUGA